AUGUCACCCGUUCGAAGAAACAACAAGAAUAAAGGCGGAGGUAUAAUUAACACUCUUAUAAAUAAAUUACCACUUGAACUUCAUUUACCAGGUUAUCAGUACUGCGGUCCGGGGACAAAAUUAAGAAAACGGUUGGAUCGUGGUGAUAAAGGUAUCAAUCCUUUAGAUUCGGCGUGUAAAGAACACGAUAUCGCUUAUGAUCACAGCAAAUCUUUGACAGAUCGUCAAAAAGCAGAUUAUAUAUUAGAAAAUAGGGCUUGGAAUAGAUUCAAGUCAAAAGACUCAAAUUUAAAAGAAAAGGCUGCAGCGUGGUUAGUCACAACGGGCAUGAAGGCAAAACGUAAAAUUGGUGCAGGAUGUGGAUUCAAAGCUACAAUAAAGGCGGCUAAAAAUAAAUCUCGAGUACCUCGUGUCAUACCUAUACCGAAAACUGGUGGUAUGUUACCGUUGAUACCAAUUUUUGCUGGCUUAUCUGCACUCGGAGCGCUAACAGGUGGCAUUGCUAACGUUGUAAAAACCGUUAGUGAAUUUAAUAGAAAUGAACCUUCGCAUUUGGGCAGAGCAUUAUAUCUCGCACCUAAUAAAGGCGGCACGUAUAAAAUAGAGAAAGAAAAAGGACUAUAUCUCGCUCCACACGGAGGUGGUUCGUAUAAAAGAAAGGGUACCCGUAAAUCUUUAAAGAAAACUCCAAAUCUGCAAAAAAACUAA